CGUGCGCACGGGUGCAGCGAAUGCUGCUUUCGCUGCACCUGACAAUUUAUUUUGGAUUUAGUGGGCUGGUAGAUAUUUAUUUGAAAUGUAUAAUAUUAUACAUGGAAUGAAUAAUUUUAAACAUAUUGAGUUUAUAAAUAAAAUAUAAAAUAUGUUUAGUGUUAUUCAAAUGAAAAAAAAAAUACUAUAUUAUCAAUACAAGUCUAAAAAUAGAUGGGUAAUAUUGGAGAAAUUCGACGUACACACUAGAUUACAAAAACAGACACAACAAUAAUAACAAUAGCGCAUUAACCAUCCAACCAGUGUAGCGGCCAGCGAUACGAAAACGCAAUGAAUGUCCAUAAUGACCAUAAUUAGUUAUAAACUUAUAAUCAGAUCACAUAUUCACAUAAUCUAAUUGACUGUUAUAUUAAAUUUGUAAUUUAAUAACGAUAUUUCGCUGUUACUGCAGUCUGCAGUCUUAUUUCAAAUUGGACCUCGUCUUAGUGUUCUGUUACUUGUUACUUAGUUAUUUUAAUUUUUCAUAUCAUGUCGAGUAAACGACUCGGUGGUCAGGAAAAAGUUCGUGCAAAAAAAAAACUGUUACUGUUGAAGACUAGUGAAAAGUGCCACAAGAUAAAUGAUUUUUUUUCAAAUAAAAAAAAAACAGAAAUAAAAGAAUUAAUAGCAGAUGAUCAAAAUACAAAAGUUUUGUCGCAUGAAGGCUGUACACCAUUAAACGUUUUAUUUAAUACACAACCUAGUGAUUAUGAAGACAAUGAUUUACUUCCAUCGUCAGAGUUAGAGUUAAACAAUUCUAAAUGUACAGAGUUUUCUACAGAUGAUCAAAAUACAAAAGUUUUGUCGCAUGAAGGCUGUACACCAUUAAACGUUUUAUUUAAUACACAACCUAGUGAUUAUGAAGACAAUGAUUUACUUCCAUCGUCAGAGUUAGAGUUAAACAAUUCUAAAUGUACAGAGUUUUCUACAGAUGAUCAAAAUACAAAAGUUUUGUCGCAUGAAGGCUGUACACCAUUAAACGUUUUAUUUAAUACACAACCUAGUGAUUAUGAAGACAAUGAUUUACUUCCAUCGUCAGAGUUAGAGUUAAACAAUUCUAAAUGUACAGAGUUUUCUACAGAUGAUCAAAAUACAAAAGUUUUGUCGCAUGAAGGCUGUACACCAUUAAACGUUUUAUUUAAUACACAACCUAGUGAUUAUGAAGACAAUGAUUUACUUCCAUCGUCAGAGUUAGAGUUAAACAAUUCUAAAUGUACAGAGUUUUCUACAGAUGAUCAAAAUACAAAAGUUUUGUCGCAUGAAGGCUGUACACCAUCAAACGUUUUAUUUAAUACACAAACUAGUGAUUAUGAAGACAAUGAUUUACUUCCAUCGUCAGAGUUAGAGUUAGAGUUAAACAGUUCUGAAUGUAUAGAUGCAGCUGAAAGUAUUGAAUCAUGUUCUUUAUCAUUGAUAAAGAAUAAGAUAUUGAUACAUGUAGAUGAUCCAAUAAACCCUCUUUCAUCUAAUCGACUUGAAUUUAAUGAACGUAUAGGCAAAGGUCCUUAUCGUCCAAUUUUAGAAAUAUUUCCAAGGCAAAAACAAGGUAGUUGUAUGCGUUCAUUUCAGAAAUCAUGGUAUGAUUUAUAUGAUUGGCUUGAAUAUAGUCCAGCAGCUGAUGCUGCAUUUUGUUUUCCAUGCCGCUGUUUCAGUGGAAAUGAAAACAAUUCUUCGCAAUUGGAAUUAACUUUUUCCACAACUGGUUUUAAAGGCUGGUACCGAGCACUUCAUAUGUUUAAGAGACAUAAUUUAUCUAAAGCACAUAUUAAUAGUACAAAAUCUCUGGUUCAUUUUAAAAAUUCUAAGUCAAUUGAUGAAAUAAUUGAUAUCAAUAAAACAGUAUGUCUUAAAACAAGGGAGGCUGAACGUUUGAAAAACAGAAAAUUAAUGGAAAGAUUAGUUGAUAUAACUAUUUGUCUUGCCAAAGGUGGGCGGCCAUUCCGUGGUCAUGAUGAAAGUAUUAAUAGUCAUCAAAAAGGUUUAUUCAGAGAGUUUAUCCAAGUAUUAAGUAAAUAUGAUGUUGUUUUAAAAGAUCACAUUGAUUUUGGACCAAAAAACGCUCAAUACACUAGUAACAGGAUUCAAAACGAUAUUAUUUUUUCAAUUCAUAAUGUUCUUAAAAAAAAAAUUUAUAACUCAUUAAAUCAAUCAUAUAUUUCAAUAAUUGCUGAUGAAACAUCUGAUGUUGGACAUCACGAGCAAUUAUCAAUUGUAAUAAGACAUUUUAAUUCUAUGACUAAUCGACCUGUUGAAACAUUUUUGGUACUAAAACGUAUGAUAUCAGUUAAUGCAGAUUCUAUUUUUCAAGCAAUAACUGAUGUUCUCAAAGAUCAAAUAAAAUUAGAAUGGAGUUCAGUUGUUUCUGUGUGUUUUGAUGGGGCGGCAACAAUGGCUGGUAGUAUUUCUGGUGUUCAGGCAAAAUGUAAGGAAGAAAAUAGUAAAAUUUUGUAUGUACACUGUUAUGCGCAUUGCUUAAAUUUAUCUCUAAUUGACUCUAUUUGUGACAAAUCUAGCAAUAAAAAUCCUAACCAAAAUCGAGUUUUAUUUGAUUUUCUUGGAACCGUUCAAUUUGUUUACUCUUUUAUUGAAGGGAGUCCCAUGCGUCAUGCUAUAUUUGAAAAAAUAGCUAAAGAAAAUGGUGCUCACGUGCAAACAUUAAAAUCUUGUUCCGUUACCAGAUGGGCUUGCCGUGCAGAAGCCGUAAAUGCAAUAAAAAAUAAUUAUGGUGCAAUACUUCAAGCAUUAAAAACAAUCAAUUUAAAUUGUUCAAUUCCUGAAAUGCGGGCAAAAGGCCAAGGUCUUUUACAUCAACUUCAAACUUUUAAUUUCAUAUUUUGUCUAAAUAUGAUGCAAGUUAUCUUACAGCUAGUUUUGAAAGUAAGUUCUGCCUUACAAACACCAAAUUUAGAAUUGUUAACUGCAGUUAUGAUAAUUAAAACACUCAAGCAGUCAUUGAUUUCAUUACGGAAUGACUCUCAACAUUUUAAAUCAAUGUUUGAAAAUACAAAAAAAAUGUGCUAUGAAAUGGAUAUUGAAAUACCUGAAGUAAAAACAAGAAAAAUUUCUAAAAAACUAGAAGAUAAAUCUGAAACACAACAUAUAUUUAAAAAUAAAUAUGAUGAAAUGAGAAUUUUGGUAUUUUAUUCAAAUUUGGAUGUACUUCUUAAUGGAUUAGAAGAAAGAUUCAAACAAGAUACAUUGGAUGUAAUCAAUGCUAUUGGUCUAUUAGUCAACCUAGAUGAUGAAAGUGAAACUUCAACAUAUAAAAUAUUAUACACAUAUUUUUCAAUUUCUGCUGAUGAUUUAUGUUGUGAAGUUAAUCUUUUGAGAUCUACUGAAGAUACACCAAAAGGUACCAACUCAGGUUCUGUACACAAAUGGCUCGAUUGGUUAAAACAGUAUGGUAGACAUGACAUUUUUAAAAAUUUUUUUCACUGUCUUAAAAUGUUUGUGACAAUUCCAGUGACUAGUUGUAGCUGUGAACGUAGUUUUUCAAAACUCAGCAUUGUAAAAAACAAAUUGAGAAAUACUAUGUCACAAGAAAGAUUGGAUGCGCUUCUAUUUUUGUUUGUAGAACAAGAACUUUUAACUGGUAUUGACUUAAAUGAUGUAAUUGAUGAAUUUAAACAUUUGCUUCCUAGUAAUCGCAGACUUAUAUUGUAAAUUGUUAAAUAUAUUUAUAAAAGUAUAGAAUAAUAUAUUAAAUUACAUAAAAAUAUUAUUAAUAUUAUUUUUUAUUUACAAUUUAUUAUAUUUAUUAUUAUCAUAAUAGGCAUUGUCAUAGAGUGAUGAAUUUAUAUGGAUGGUGGGAGGGUAUACCUUAUAAUGAUUCAGGUACACAAGUGAUAAUAAUAUGAACGUAUUAAGUAUUACAUUUUUACACUAUGGGGCUAACAGAAUUCAGGGGGGGAUAUAUUAAGGAAAUAAGUGGGCUGCUUAUUGUUCAUUAGGGCCGGUUAAAAUGUAUGCUGCACCCGAUACAAAACCCUGCGCACGCCUAU